AUCAGGAUGCAUCCGGCCCACCUGCGGGACGGCUGGGUGAAUAGCAAGGUGGCCGAGGACAACUACAAGGACUCCCUGGAAAUUAUGGAGGCGCUGAAGAAGCGGCAUGGGGGCGACAUUGACUUCCUGGCCCCAGACACCGUCCCCACUGGACCCGCCAGCAAUGCAUUCGCGCCGGUGGAAGGAGUGGUCAUCGCGGCGCCAACGGGGGUGGCGGCCUGGAACAUCAAUGGCGUGACCCUCCACUCAUGCCUCCUUCUCCCGGUCGUUAACAAGAGCUACGGCAAGGCCUGCGAUCUACCCCUUCCGAACGGCCCCCAUCUGGCAUCCCUCCGAGCAAUCUGGGCAAAGGUGGUGGCGCUCUUCGUGGACGAGAUGAGCUUCGUUUCGGCGUUCAUGUUGGAUCGACUGGACCAGCACCUCCGUCUCGCAAAAGACACUCCACGCCUACCCUUCGGAGGACUCCACAUCAUCUUCGCCGGAGACCUCUACCAGUUGCCGCCCCCUGGUGGAUUACCAGCCUUCGCCAGUCGGCUAUGGCUUCUCUUCGAGCUGUGCGAGCUCCAGGGCAACCAGCGUGCAGCCAAGGACCCCACCUGGGCGGCUUUGCUCGCGCGGGUCCGCGUCGGGAACUGGACAGAAGCGGACAUCCAGACCCUGCGCGGCAUGGUGGUCAAGAAACAUGGCUCAAAGCGGCCCGCCCCAAAGGCCGUCAAUCUGUACGCCACCCGAAAAGCAGUCGCGGACAGCAACGACAAGUACAAAGCCGAGCAUCUCCAGAGCUCGGGUGCCACGCUUCACGACUGCCCGGCCGUGGACAUCAACGUCAAGACCGGCGCUCCGCUGGACCCAGCAGCCAUAUGGACGGAUCCAGAGGAUACUGGCGGACUCGAGACCUUGCUGCAGCUUUCCGUCGGCUUGCGUGUCAUGCUGCGACACAACAUCGAUGUGGAGGAUGGCUUGGUUAAUGGGGCUUGCGGCACCGUUGAGCAUAUCGACAUCGACGAGACCAGCGGAGAGACGCAAAGGAUCUGGGUCGCCUUCGAGAAGAAUGCCGGAACCAUUUGGCGAGCAGAGCACGGCACCAACUCUGUGGCCAUUCUCCGUCGCUCGGGCACGUAUGUAGACAAGGACUGCAGCAAAGCGGAGAGGCGUCAAUUCCCGCUGGUGCUCGCCAAAGCCAUCACCAUCCACAAGAGCCAAGCAGCCACGAUGCACCACGGAGUCCACGCGCGCUUGGACCACACGGUAACCCAGGAAGGUCAAGCGUACGUCGCCUUGAGCCGCUGCCCAGAGCAGGCAUUGUGCACUCUGGAGCACUUCAACCCGAAAGCGCUGCGAUUCAACAAGAACGCUGAGUGGGCUCUGCACAAAUUGAAGUUUCAGCAAGCGAAGAGAGAUGGUCCGCCACUCUGGUGCACCUUGUUCAAGCCUCCGCAAAGCAAAGAAGUCUACUCGAAGAUGCGGAGGAAGGUGUCCGACCGUGGCGCUGCCCCCAAUGCGGUGAGGAAGUUCCC